AUGGCGACACCAGUAGCGUCCUCGUCCGCACCCGCAGAAACACCAGCUCUUCAGGGGCCCCAUCCUGGACAAGAGAAGCCAAAAGGCAAGGACAAGAAGGCUAAAGACGUCGCAACCGCUGCACACCCUCUAGAGCUUAACCCUCCCCCUGCCUUCUUCGAUCACCGGUUGAAGAUAUUCGAAAAGCUGAAGGCCGAAUACGAUGAGUUCGUUAAAGCGCAACCACGCGAGGAAAUCAUUGUGACUAUGCCAGACGGAUCGGAGCGCAAGGGCCAGAGCUGGGAGACGAGUCCUAUGGAUAUUGCGAAGGAAGUAUCCAAGUCUCUAUCCGAACGAGUUGUCAUCGCGAAGGUUGACGGUGACCUCUGGGAUUUAGAGAGGCCGCUGGAAAAGUCAUGCUCGCUACAACUACUUGAUUUUGAACACCCCGAAGGAAAGCGCGUAUUUUGGCAUUCCUCGGCCCAUGUUCUCGGAGAGGCUGCCGAACGGCACUACGGAUGCCAUCUGUGCAUCGGCCCCCCAACGGACGACGGCUUCUUCUACGAAAUGGCCAUUGAGGACAGGGCCGUAUCGAGUGCGGACUACCCCGCGCUUGAGAAGGUGUCCGAACUUGCGGUGAAGCAGAAGCAGAAAUUCGAGCGGCUAGUAGUGCCCAAGGAGACGCUCCUCGAGAUGUUCGCCUAUAACAAAUACAAGAAACAUCUCAUCGAGAGCAAAAUCCCCGACGGCACAUCGACGACUGUCUACCGCUGCGGACCUAUGGUUGACCUCUGCGUCGGGCCCCACAUCCCGCACACAGGAAAGAUUAAGGCGUUCAUGGUCACGAAGAACUCCGCAUCGUACUUCCUCGGCGACGCGAACAACGACUCUCUGCAGCGGAUAUACGGGAUUUCAUUUCCAGACAAGAAGCAAUUGACGGAUUACAAGGCGUUCCUUGCGGAGGCUGCGAAACGCGACCAUCGGAAAAUCGGCAAAGAGCAAGAGUUGUUCUUCUUCAAUGACCAUAGUCCGGGAAGCGCUUUCUUCUUGCCCCACGGGACGCGAAUUUACAAUGCUCUCGUUGAUCUGAUGCGAACGGAAUACUUCAAACGUGGCUACCAAGAAGUGAUUUCCCCCAACAUGUUCAGCAGCAAGCUCUGGGAAACCUCCGGCCACUGGCAGAACUACAAAGACGACAUGUUCACUCUUGACAUUGAGAAGGAGAAAUGGGGGUUGAAACCCAUGAACUGCCCUGGGCAUUGUCUUAUCUUCGAUUCGAGGGAUCGCAGCUACAAGGAACUCCCUAUCCGAAUGGCCGAAUUCGGAAUUCUGCAUCGUAAUGAAGCGUCGGGUGCGCUUACAGGGUUAACUCGUGUGCGACGAUUUGUGCAAGAUGAUACACAUAUCUUCUGUAUGCCAGAACAGCUAGAGGAUGAGAUUCAAGCACUUUUCGAUUUCAUGGAACGUAUUUACGGCCUCUUUGGAUUUGAUUUCCACCUCGAGCUCUCCACACGCCCCGAUAACUACCUUGGUACUGUGGAAACCUGGGACGCUGCUGAAGCGCAACUGAAGAAAGCAUUGGAAAAGCAAUACCCUGGUAAAUGGGAAUUGAAUCCCGGAGACGGUGCCUUCUACGGGCCAAAAAUCGACAUCACCAUCCGGGACGCCCUCCGCCGAUCAUUCCAGUGUGCCACCAUCCAACUUGACUUCCAACUCCCCGAACGGUUCAACCUGAAGUACCGCUCGGCGGACGAACAGGCCCUCACACGCCCCGUUAUCAUUCAUCGUGCGAUUCUGGGGAGUUUGGAGCGAUUUAUCGCUAUUAUUACAGAGCAUCUUGCGGGGAAAUGGCCGUUUUGGCUAUCUCCGAGACAGGUGCUGGUCAUUCCUGUCGCUGCGCCCUACAAAGACUACGCUGCCGAAAUAGCGGAGAGACUCACGAAUCUCGGGCUACAUGCCGACGUCGACAACGGGGACAAUACCCUCCCAAAGAAGGUCCGUAACGGGGAGAUCGCUCAGUAUAAUUUCAUUUUUGUCGUUGGCCAACAAGAACUAGACGGUAGAUCAGUGAAUGUGCGCAAUCGAGACGACGUUGGGACCAAGGCUCGCGCUGAGGAUAUCCCGUUGGACACUAUCAUAGAAAAGUUGAUGUCGCUGAAGAAUAACAAGAGCAUGAGUAACAAGCUAGUUUAG